AUGGGAGAGCAGGAAGCGAGGAGGAAAUGUCUACUGAGAAGAAGAAAGGAGAGCCCAAGGGGGAUGACUGGAGUUGCUGGACACAGGAUGGAGAAGGAUCUGGAUGCCAGCAAGGGAGGGCUGGUUGGAAAGUGGCUGGAGAAGCUGAGGGAGCUUGGAUUGGAUGGCGAUGAGAAUGCAGCUCUGGAAAAGAAGAGUAUAAGGGAUGGGCCUGAGGAGCUCAGGGCCGUUAGAAAGGAGAGAGAUGAAAUGGAAGGGGGCCCUUCAGCUCCUAUUGAAGAGAGGAAGGAAAAGAUUCGGCAGUUUGGAGGAGUGUCACAUCUUGAGUUCAAAGGGCUGAGCCUGAACUUCCAUCUAUAUCUUCCGAAGUCUCUUCAAAAGCUGUCGAGGAUAUUCCGAGUUUUGGAAACGAUUCAACGGUUCAAUGCAGCAAGAGGCCUAACGACCAUUUUCAUAAAGUCCCUGAGAUGCAUUGAAAAUCUUGUCAAGCAGCGUGUGGGAGUUGCAGACAUCGAGAGGAUGUACUAUAUAGCACCCGAGCUUUUCAGAUUCAAGAAAAUAAGCAUCCACCACGAUGGAAAGGAGGUUGAUACUUUUGUCAUCUAUGUCGAUGGGGAGACGAGGGAGUUUAAUGAGAGGCUUGAGAAGCAUGUCAAGGAAUGUCAUUCAGAGUUUCUUAGCAGGAAUGGGUAUGCUCACGAUGGAGGGCGAUUCCAUCCUGGAUUUGACUUUGAAGAGGUUCCUCUACCCCGAAAGCCUUUAUUCCCAGAAGAGAUAAGGGAAGACUGCACAGGAAGAGAGGAUUGGGUUCCAAAAAAAAGAAGCGUUGAGAUUGAAAAGUCGGCCAAGAAAAGAGCAUCCACGAUACUAGAAAGAAUAAGAGAGAAGGAAAGGCUAAGGAGAGAGGAAUUUAUGAACAAGUCCAAGGAAGAGGAAGACAAUCUGCUUCUGAGCAAGAGAAUCAGGUCGCUAUUCAGGUCCGAGAACAGACGCGCGAUUCCCGUCAACAGGAUUGUAGAGUUGUUGAAGAUAUUUGACGGGAUAAACGUAAUCAAUAGGAUCGUGCAAUGGGACCCCUCUUUAUUUUACAUGAAGACUAUGAGCGGAGUGGAGUAUCUUGUUUCUAAGGAGUGA